ACAGUCGUAACUCUUUACUACUCUUACAAUCUCCUUCUUCAGAAAACAGCACUCUUUCUCUUCUUCUUUUCUUUCUCAUCAGUAUCAUCUUGUAAUCAAACAGCUUGAUUUCAAUGCCAAGAAAAGGGAUGAGGAGCCUUUGCUUUAAUCCUAAGACUCCUUCCUUUUCUGUCUCCCCUCGUUCUUCACCUUCCAGAGGUUCUGAGCUUUCCUCGAGCACCACUCCUCGCCGUAGCUUCUCGGAGUCCGUCAUGGAGCAAACGUUGGAGACCGCUGCGGCUAUGAUCAUGAAGUGGAACCCUGAUACUUCCAACUAUGCAUCUGUCACCUCUCUCUUUUAUGAAAAUAAAAGAGAAGCCUUGCAGUUCUUGAAGUGUGUUGCUGACCUACAGAAAUCCAUGCACUUGUUAGCCACUGAAGAUUCCACCGAAAAUAGACUUAUCAGAGCGCAGACCCUUAUGCAGAUAGCUAUGAAGCGUCUUCAGAAAGAGUUCUAUCAAAUUCUUUCCAUGAAUCGCGCCUAUCUUGACCCUGAAUCUGUGUCUACUAGAUCCUCCCGCGCUUCUGCUAGAUCAAGCACUUCCGAUUACGAAGAUGAUGAGGAUAAUGAUGUUCAUGCUGCAGGUGAUUCCAUCUCUGAAGUUGAGCAAGUGUCUUCGGCUGCCAUGUCGGAUUUACGGUCUAUUGCGGAGUGCAUGAUUUCAUCUGGAUAUGCUAAAGAAUGCGUCAAUGUAUACAAAAUAAUUCGGAAAUCAAUCAUCGACGAAGGCAUUUAUCGUCUAGGCAUCGAAAAAAUGACCUCAUCGCAUGUCAACAAGAUGGAUUGGGAAACACUUGAUUUGAAAAUCAGCAACUGGUUAGAAGCAGUAAAGAUUUCCAUGAGGACACUCUUCAACGGCGAGAGAAUUCUCUGUGACCAUGUCUUCGCAGCCUCCGAUUCCAUCAGAGAAUCUUGUUUCUCUGAAAUUUCUAAAGAAGCAGCACUUCUCCUCUUUGGAUUCCCCGAGCUUGUAGCCAAAAGCAAGAAAUCACGGCCAGAUAAAAUAUUUCGUGUGUUAGACAUGUACACUGCAAUCUCAGAAAACUGGAUGGAAAUCGAAUCCAUCUUCUCAUUCGAAUCAAUUUCAGCCGUUAGAUCACAAGCUCUUUCUUCACUUGUAAAACUCAGCGAGUCGAUCCUCAUAUUGCUAUCCGAGUUCGAGUCUACCAUCCAAAAAGACUCCUCAAAAACGGCAGUGCCUGGUGCAGAUAUUCAUCCACUAACAAUCUACGGAAUGCAUCACCUAACUCUCCUCGGCGAUUACAGUAAUUUCCUCUCGGAUAUAAUCUCCGACUGGCCUCCGCCCCCAAAAACUUCCCUGCCAAAGUCAUUCCUCGACAGUCCAGAAUCCGUUGAUACGCCGGCGCCGCCGAUGUCCGUACGUUUCGCUUGGCUAACACUUGUUCUUUUAUGCAAACUCGACGGCAAAGCUAAGAGUUAUAAAGAUGUAUCUCUCUCUUAUCUCUUCUUAGCCAAUAAUCUACAAUAUGUUGUAAAUAAAGUACAGACCUCAAAUCUCCGUUAUUUGCUGGGCGAGGAUUGGCUUGCAAAGCACGAAACCAAAGUAAAGCAGUUUGCAGCGAAUUACGAACGGUUAGCAUGGGGCCACCUGUUUGAUUCACUUGCGGAGAAUAAUCCAAAGGUCCCAAUUUCUCCGGAGGCAGUAAGAGAGAGUUUCAAGAAAUUCAAUUUGAGGUUUGAAGAGGCGUACCGGAAGCAAAGUAGUUGUAUCGUGUCGGACCCGAAACUCCGAGAUGAGAUAAAGAUGUCUAUUUCCCAGAAGGUAGUGCCGGUUUACCGCGAGUUUUAUGAGCAACAAAGGAGUGUUAUCGAGGGAAAUAGAAAUGUGAGGUUAUGUGUCAGAUAUACACCUGAUGAAGUUGGGAAUUACUUAUCGGAUUUGUUUUUCGGGGUGGUUGAGUCGGGGAGUUCUCUGUCAUCUUCGAUUUCAUCCACUACGACAUCGUCUUCGUCUCAUCAACGGCGUUCACGAUUGUCAAAUUGAGAACUUUACAGAAUAUUAUUAUUUUUUUUUCUUUUUAA